CAAUACAACAUACAAUACAAUACAACACAACACAAUACAAUACAAUACAAUACAAUACAAUACAAUACAAUACGGUAGAGUACUCUUUCUGUCAUAUUGCAAUACUCGAACGCUACCACACCGAGAAACGAACCGAAAAUGUCGAGAGCAUCACAAUCUGCGGUUGCCGGCAGAAGCGACGGCAGAAACGAUGGCAGAAAUUACGGCAAAAACAAUGGAAGAAAUAACGGGAGCCACGACGGGGCUUCGUUCCGAGGAGUCGGGGCGUUCUGCGGGGCUCUCUGGACACCGAUCGCCUUCGGGGCUUCGGUUCGUCGCCCUUUUUUGUCCCGCUCGUUGUCGGUUGGCGAUUGUAGCAGUAGUGAUUGUAGUGAUAGUGAUUGUAGGGAUAACACUAGCAACCACGAUGGAGACGACGAAACAGAAGCAGAAACCGCGUGCGCCUCUCCGUUCUCUCCGUCGGCGUCUUCUUUUUUCGCUUCCUCGGCCGAUGCUGCUGCUGCAGAUGCCCAUGCCCAUGCCCGUGCUUGUGCUCGUGCGUGCCGAACGCAAAACCAAAGACAAAGACAAACCGCCGGCCUUCUGCAGUGGUACUGCGGAAACGCGGAUGUCUCGGACCGCAUCGGGAGAACCAUGUCGCUUCUCCUGGUCACCAGGUUCCUCUUGUCGGUGGUGCUCGCUGUCGUCGCGGUCGAAGGCGAAGGUGCAGACCACGGGGCAUACGCAAACACAUACGCAAACGCAUAGGCAUAGGCAUACGCAUAGGCAU